AAAUGACGUACCAUACUUUCGUACCUGGAGGCUCCGCCCUCGCGCGCCAUUUUCUCUCAAACCACCAACUUUCGCAUUUAAACGUUUAGCUAGCCUUUUUAAUAUAUUUUUUAAUUCACAUAAGUCUUGGUCAUAUUAACGUAGAUGACCUGAAAAUGAGCGACGAGGGAGAUCACGUAAGAGGGGAGUCUCAGUCGCCACCUAAAUCGGAACACGGAAGUCCAGCACAGGCCAAGUCGGAGAGCAGGUCAGGCUCCCCGAAUGGAUCCCACGACUCCAAGCAUUCCGAAUCAAGAUCCCGCUCUCGAUCAAAAUCGGGGUCUCGCUCUAAGCACGACUCUAACCGACAUGCUAGCCGCUCACGUUCUCCGUCUCAUCGCAGCCGACAGAAGUCUCGGUCUAAUUCCAACAGCCCCGAGUCCCGCCGCAGGAAGAGCACUUCCCCAAUGUCAAAUCGCAGCCGUCAGGGUGAACGCAGGAGCCACGAAACAAAAGAAGUAAACAAUUACGACAGUGGUGCUGAUAGGGCAAACCCGGAUCCCAGCAAAUGUUUGGGAGUUUUUGGUCUGAGUUUGGACACCACAGCGCGAGACCUAAGGGCGGUGUUUUCACAAUACGGUCCCCUGUCUGGGGUCAACGUGGUGUUCCACCAUCGCUCGGGUCGCUCGCGGGGCUUUGGCUUUGUUUACUUUGAGAGACUUGAGGAUUCCAAGCAGGCAAUGGAGCAAGCCAAUGGUAUGAAGUUGGACGGGAGGCAAAUUAGAGUAGAUUACUCCAUUACCAAGCGCGCCCACUCCCCCACACCCGGAAUUUACAUGGGUAAAGACAUCAGAGAUGGUGGUGGUGGUUGUGGUGGUGGUGGAGGAGGUGGUGGUUCUUGGAGGGGAAGAGGCUCAUUUUACAACAGAGGUUAUGACAGAGGCUACGAGAGAGGCUACGAGCGAAGUUACGAGCGAAGCUACGAGCGCAACUACGACCGCGGCUACGACCGAGGCUACGACCGGGGCUACGACCGGGGCUACGACCGUGGCCCCGACCGAGGUUACGACAGAGGCUACGACCGCGACUACGACCGAGACUACGACCGAGACUACGACCGAGGCUACGACCGAGGCUACGACAGAUACGACAGAUAUGACGAAUACGACUACAGCUACAGUCGGAGGCACUCCCCAUCUCCGGACUACGGUAGAUACAGAUCUUCCUCUUGGUCUCGCUCCUACAACCCAAGGCGCUACUGAGGUGUUGCCGCUGACUGGAUCUACCACAUCAACGCUUUUGAGUUAAAGGCAGUUGUGUUUACAUGCGGAGGGUGUUUUUAUUUGUAAAUCCUUUUUCACUUCCACAUUUAGUGUGAGCACUGAACUCAGACUCUUUGUGAUGCAUCUUCCUUUUCUAUAGUUGUAAUCUACAUUUUUUUUUGUUUGUUUUUGCUACUCUGACCUCAAAUUUUCGAUGUUACUUAAUGUCUUCUGGUAAGUAUCGUAAAGUUAGUGUGAAGCUCUUUGCUUCCGCUUCUUAAUGAAAAGGUCAACAAGGCCAUCAUUUGAGAGUUAUGAUCAGGAUUUUUUUUUUUAUGUAUAUGGAAAUACAAACAUCCAGUCUCCAAAGUUUCUCAUUCCUCCGGCUCUAAUAUGCAUUACAAUUGAAGUUGGGUUUCACUUGUUUGGGUGGGAGUUAAGAUGUGUGGGUGAGGUGGGAAGAAAAAAAGCUAGGAGUGUUUCGCAGAACAAGCCCGACGCCAGGAUGUUGUUCAAUGUUCACACACAUUUAGGUUAAUCUUUGGGGCCAAGUACACAAUGACGUCUCUGAAAGUUUUAACACCGCUUCAUUCAGGCAACACCAAUAAAAGUAAGUGAAAAAGACCCUUAAUAGGACUUUAUUGGUUGCGUCUCAUUUCAUGCAGUCAAGUGUCACAAUAGAUGAGGUCAUACUGCAAAUAAUUGGGAUCCUAUACAAAACAAAUUGAUUAAAACUGUUUUUUUUUUAUAAAUAGUCUUAACUGUAAUUCUUUGAGACACAUACUACAAUGCAUUUUAAGUGAACUAUCUUAGACUAAAGAAGCCAGAAACGUGCAUUCAUGGUGUAGCACUGAACGAAACUGGUUCAUUUUGUAUCAAGCCCCCUUACGCACAAAUGAUGAUGAUGAUGAUGAAUCUUCAGAACAAACAAGUUUGAAAGUCUGGUCAUCAUCACUGAAUUGAGCUCAAGAUAACAGGCUGCUCUUAACCCAUAAAUGCUCUCAAAUAAUGGAGCGGCUUAUUCUAAUAGGGUUGUAAUAACUGCUGACAUGUCACGGGGCCCCUCGCGGUUAUGAAUCGGUUCACUUUGAUGCCAUGAGAAGUUCUGAAGUUCAAGGGUUAAAGUAUGAGGCCACUUUUCACCACAAAGAUGGAAGUCUCAAUGUUGUUUUCGUCUUAUAUUGGACUCCAAUAACUCCUACCUUGGAUUAAAGUGAAAUUUUCAGUGAUCUAUUAACAGAUUCUUGGAGUUCUUUUGUUGCCUUUUAUGAGCAGUUUUGUAUUUCCCGCAACACUACCAGAGAGAAAGCCGAUAAUAUGAUUUUAUGGAUGUGUCAUCUAAGGAGAUUCACCCAGGUUGCUCUGAUCUUCUGAUAAAUUGCAGUCAGGAUGGAUAACAGCUUACUUGUCGAAGUAGUGUAUAGCCAUGUACUUAACAUAAUGUACACUGGCCACACAGAAUGGGCCCAGUGGUUUGUGGCCUUGAUUUAGGAGGCAAGAUCCAUCUAAUUGACAAAUAAUUCAGACGCAGGUUGUGACGUAUUUCACAACUCAUCUUUUCGUCAUGGUCUUGACAACUGUAGUUUAACAUGAUUUCAUUUUCUAUGAAACAGUCACCCAAAUUGCUGACUUGCAGUCCCGCUUUAAAGUGAAGUUUAAGAGGGAAUGAUAACUAUUUGUUGGAUAUAAUUGGACUAUGCUAAACUGCAGUGCUACUAGUCUUAUGGCCUGUGUUUACUGUAAAUCACUUAUGAAGUCAGCUAGUUAUCUGCCAUAAUAAUUGGAUAUAAAAUACUCCUUUUUGUGACCUUCAUCCCGUUUUCUGAAAAUCAUGUAUAGAGCUUUCCCCCAUAUAUUUGCAUGUAAAACAGUGGUGUUUUGUACAAAUUAAGAUUUUUUU